UUUGCUUCUGUAAUUUGAUUUAUCCGUAACAAAAUGGAUAACUUUACAAGGCAAGGAUCCCACGGGACAAAGAAUGAAUCGCUUUCCUUGUCAUCAAAUACUGUAACUUUUCGUUCCGCAACAUCCGAAAAUGUCUCAGUUAAGCAGUACGAGAACAAUUUAAAGAAAUUAAACGAGAAUGAUUUUCAAUGUACCAAUUUGCGCCCAAAGGACAUUGGAAAAUUUGGAACAUCUCCGAAAAAAAUGAAAAAGCGUCGUAACAGUGAUACUUCAAGCGAUGAGGAACGAUGGUUAAAUGCAAUAGAAACUGGAAAUCUAGCGGACGUUGAUGAUGAAAUGAAAAAACUUAAGGAUCCAAAAUUGAUGACAGCGAGGCAACGUGCUAUGCACAAAAGAGCUAAAGAAAGUUUUAGUGGGUUUGAAGAAGAACUUAUAGCUUUACCCAGUGGAUACAAAGAAAAAGAUAAGCCACAAACUGAGGAGGACAUCAAAAGAGCUACUUUAAAAUCACAGAAACGCAAACAGCAAGCAGAUGAGCGGCGAGAAAAAGAUAAAAAAAAAACAAUGGAUCGCCUACUAAAGAAACAAGAAACCAAUAAACAUCGACCGACUUUGCGCAAUAAGCAAUGCCAAAAAUCCUGCGAUCCAAAACUUAUAUAUGUUAGUUCAAAAGGCGCAACCUAUAUAUUGAUUCCUCCAAAUCAAGAAUUUCCAAUGAAAGCGCAAAAAAGCCUUUUACUACCUCCUCCGAAAUUAUGUUUUGUUGCCCAUUGCGGAAAUCCCAAAGCGUACACUUGUUCCAAAACAAAAGUUCCAUUAUGUAGUCUUGUAUGCUACCGAAAAAAUCUUUUAGGAGUAUGAAAUUUUUUCAAUAUCCUUGCAUCAAAAUAAAUAUUUUUUUAACAU